AUGAUGGAGACUUUUUGUGGGUUUCAGAAGGAAGAAGAACAGAUGGAUUUACCUCCUGGUUUCAGGUUUCAUCCAACAGAUGAAGAACUCAUAACUCACUAUCUCCACAAGAAGGUUCUUGACAUCAGCUUCUCAGCUAAAGCUAUUGGUGAAGUUGAUUUGAACAAAUCCGAGCCAUGGGAGUUACCAUGGAUGGCAAAAAUGGGUGAGAAAGAAUGGUACUUUUUCUGUGUGAGGGACAGAAAGUACCCGACCGGUUUGAGGACUAACCGGGCAACUGAAGCCGGUUAUUGGAAGGCGACCGGGAAGGAUAAGGAGAUUUACCGAGGCAAAUCGCUUGUUGGGAUGAAGAAAACACUUGUUUUCUACAGAGGAAGAGCUCCUAAAGGUCAGAAAACAAAUUGGGUGAUGCAUGAGUAUAGGCUCGAAGGAAAACUCUCUGCUCACAAUUUACCAAAAACCGCAAAGAAUGAAUGGGUGAUUUGCAGGGUGUUUCAGAAGAGUGCUGGAGGGAAGAAGAUUCCGAUCUCGAGUCUAAUCCGGAUCGGUUCAUUGGGAACCGACUAUAGCCCUUCUCUUUUGCCCUCUUUAACCGAUUCUUCACCAUACAAUGAUAAGACCAAAACAGAACCGGUUUACGUGCCCUGCUUCUCCAACCAAACGGAUCAAACCAGAGGAACCACCCUCAGUUGUUUCAACAGCCCUGUUCUCAACUCGAUCCAUGCCGACUUUUUCCAGAGGAUUCCGCUCUACCAAACUCAACCCCUACAGGUUUCCGGUCCGAGUCUCGCUCAAGAACACUCGGUUCUACAGGCUAUGAUUGAUAACAACAGAAGGCAGAGUCUCAAAACGAUGAGUGUGUCACAAGAAACUGCAGCUUCGACUGACAUGAACACCGAUAUUUCGUCGGAUUUUGAAUUUGGUAAGAGACGGUUUGACACUCAAGAAGAUCCGUCUUCCUCCACUGGACCGGUUGAUCUUGAACCUUUCUGGAAUUACUAA